UGAGAGCGCACAGCCUGCUGAGUGGGAGCGCAGUCGCAGGUUAUCCACUGCCUUGUGCAAGUUGUGUACUGUCACUCUGCCGUCUCUGGGAUCUUCCUUUAUAUAGACGUGAGACUUAACAAACCAAUCUCAUUCAGCUGUGGGCGCAGAUUGUUUUCCUUUUUAUUCUUUUGUGCCCUCUCUCCACUCUUCACCCCCCUGAUUGGGCUUUAUUCAUUCUGCGUGUUUGUAAAGGCGAUUGUUUGUGCGCAUCAUCGAGGUAGCCAAGAGAAGGUUUGCCACUGUUCCAUAGGAGACUGUGGGCUGCCAGAGCAUCAUGACAGCUGAGAAGAGUGGGCCUGUUAUAAACGGUAAACCAGAAGAUGGCAGAGACUCGGACGGGUCCAGUUCCAGCCUUGACAAUGAUGAAUACAAUGAAAGAGGGAUGUGGAACAACAAGAUUGAGUUCAUCCUGUCUGUGGCUGGAGAGAUCAUUGGCCUGGGAAACGUCUGGAGAUUCCCAUAUCUCUGCUACAAAAAUGGAGGAGGUGCCUUCUUCGUUCCAUAUGUCAUCUUCUUUGUGUGCUGCGGUAUCCCUGUGUUUUUCCUGGAGACGGCAUUGGGUCAGUUCACAAGUGAAGGAGGUAUCACAUGCUGGAGGAAAGUUUGCCCAUUGUUCGAGGGUAUUGGCUAUGCAACACAGGUGAUUGAAGCACAUCUUAACGUGUACUACAUAGUGAUCUUAGCCUGGGCCAUCUUCUACCUCUUCAACUGUUUUACCACUGAGCUGCCAUGGGCUGGCUGUGGACAUUACUGGAAUACAGAAAACUGCAUUGAUUAUUAUGGAGAAAAUUCCACCAACAUCACCAACCCCAAUGCAACAUCUCCAGUCAUUGAGUUCUGGGAACGCAGAGUCCUGAAGAUAUCAGAUGGUAUUGAGCACAUGGGAGGGAUGCGCUGGGAGCUGGCAAUGUGUCUGGCUCUUGCCUGGUUCAUCUGCUACUUCUGCAUCUGGAAAGGACCCAAGUCAACUGGCAAGGUUGUUUAUGUAACAGCUACCUUUCCAUACGUCAUGCUGCUGGUCCUCCUGAUCAGGGGAAUCACACUGCCUGGAGCUUUUGAUGGCAUCAAAUUCUACCUCUACCCAGACAUUUCACGUCUCUCUGACCCUCAGGUAUGGGUGGAUGCAGGAACCCAAAUUUUCUUUUCCUAUGCUAUCUGUCUGGGCUGUCUCACUGCUCUUGGAAGUUACAAUUCUUACAACAACAACUGCUACAGGGAUUGCCUCAUGCUAUGUUGUCUGAACAGCGGAACCAGCUUUGUUGCAGGUUUUGCUAUUUUCUCCGUCCUGGGUUUUAUGGCCUAUGAACAAAAUGUUCCAAUAGAGGCUGUAGCUGAAUCUGGUCCUGGUCUUGCAUUCAUUGCAUACCCCAAAGCUGUAACUAUGAUGCCUCUGUCUCCACUUUGGGCUUGUCUCUUCUUUAUGAUGCUGAUCUUCCUUGGCUUGGACAGUCAGUUUGUGUGUGUGGAAAGUUUAGUGACAGCUGUUGUGGACAUGUACCCGGAGACUUUCCGAAAGGGUUACCGCAGAGAGCUGCUUAUUCUUUGCAUGUCCAUAGUAUCCUUCCUAAUAGGACUCAUCAUGUGUAUGGAGGGAGGAAUGUAUGUUUUCCAGCUGUUUGACGCAUAUGCUGCCAGUGGGAUGUGCUUGCUUUUUGUGGCUAUAUUUGAGUCCAUAUGCAUCGGAUGGGUGUAUGGAGGCGACAGAUUCUACCUAAAUAUCGAGGAUAUGAUUGGAUACAAACCUUUCUUCUUAAUCAAAUGGUGCUGGAUGAUCCUGACCCCGGGCAUCUGUGCUGGAAUUUUCCUCUUCUUCCUGAUUAAAUACAAACCUCUCAAGUACAACAACGUGUACAUCUAUCCCGAUUGGGGCUAUGGCAUCGGCUGGUUUAUGGCCAUGUCCUCUAUGGUGUGUAUCCCAGUGGGUAUUAUCUGGAUGAUCUGGAAGACUCCUGGAACCUUUUCUGAGAGAAUGAAGAAGCUGACCACUCCCAGCCCCGACCUAAAAAUGAGAGGCAAACUUGCUGCCCUCAGUCCUUACGCUGUCAAUGAUGCCAAACUUAAAGCAGAUGGAAAAGUAUCCACCAUUUCAGAGAAAGAGACACAUUUCUAAUUGGCCCCGGUGACUGACCAAGCUGCCAGCUGUCUUAAAGGACCAGUCCCACAAAAAUGAAUACCAUCACAGCAUUAGAGACAACUACACAGAACAGAAAAUGGAACAAACAACUCAGAGUAUUUUUGUUUUGUAAAGAGUCUAAAUUUGAUGAUGAUGCUUAUAUGUAGUCUGAUUCUGUUUUGCACAGCCUUUAAAUAACAAAGUUGUUUACUUAAUAUUCCAGCUAAAGCAGCUUUUUACUUGUUUUUAGCCAUUAACAACUUAAAGAUGUGUUUGAUUUUGUGUGUCAAAUGGUAAAGAACUGCCCUGGUAACGUGUUAGUUAUGGUUUCACUUAUGUGUGGACUUGUAGGAUAAUAACAGUGUGAUGUAUAUGGCAAAACUGUGGGCAGGUUGCUGCACUCCUCUGUUAGAUUUAAGGUACCCAAAUGAGACAUAACAUGUAGCAGCUUGAGUAAUUCUCAAUAUAAAUUCAUGCUCAAUCUACAUAAGCUGUCUCCACACACCUGAAAGUUAAACUUUUAAUUUACCAUUAUAUUGUGAGAUCAAAGACUGUGGGGACUUCUCUUAAGCCAGCAUGAAAACAUCUAAGCAACUAAACCUUUUGAAAAAUAUCCAGGUUUUGGACCCAUAAACACUAUCACAGAAAGCAAAUUAAAACCACUGACUUGACAACACAGUAAGAGCUUUUUUCAUCGUCAAAAAGAGAAAUCUUUUAUUUUCACAGCAACAUUACAGUUGUUAUCAUGGCUACAAGUAGAUGUUACUGACUUGCAGGUUGAGUCAAAAACACACCUUUCUCCUCUAGCUGCCCUCCUUAAAUUUAUGGAUAUCUGUCAUUUCACAGUAAUUAUGCUGAGCCUAACAGAGACUGACAGAUGGAUGUGCCUCCAACCCUUCAUUUUUAUUUCCUGCUCCGCCUGUAGAGAAGAAGACGGACACGCAUCACAUGAGCAUUUCAAACCUCAUCUGUCCCUUCAUUUUCAGCCUUUCUUCUUACCUUUAUGCUAUUUUUUCGUGAUUGUUCUCCCUUUAACCUCAGUCUGCUCUUCUCUGCUUCUUUGUCUCAUGUUAUUUGAUCUAUUCUGCCUCUUUUUAGCUGCAUUUCACAACACCUUUAAUAAGUACAUCAGUCUAAUAAGAAUAAAUUAAGCAUUUUCUUACAUACUUCCCCAUUGACCUUUUUUUGUUGGAAACCAUGGGCCUCAGAUAUUUUUUAUCUGAGCUUCAUCUUUUGAGGGAGGAAAGAGCUGGUCUCUUGUUCAUAACCAUCAAAUAUCCCACAGGUUCUCAGAUUUAGUUCACUUUCUGUUUCAUGGUUUUUCUGAUUAAAAUGCUAUAUGACAGCAUCUGAGGAAAUUCACAAUAAAAUUCACAUUCUAACAGUUGUCAGGAGGCAAAAAAGAAACUAAAGAAUUAAGGAAUUUGUGAGAGGAUAAAGUUUAAGAUAAAGUAGGAAAGGAAAGAAAUUGAGGAAGUGUUUGGUGUUUGAAUAGCCUCCUUUUAGCUGUGACAUGCUCUUUAGCAAGGAACCGGUCCCUUACAUCUUGGUACAUUUUAAUGUUAUUGGCACAUAUAUGAUGUUUCUGCAAGGUAGUUGUUUCCAU